AAAAUUAGAGGUUCCAGAAUAUUCAUAUGGUUCCAUCGUUUGGUAAUUAUAGCAAACAAGACCAAGACGUCAACAACCAACUUGGUUCAUUAUGGAUCGUCCACUUGUCCACCUUUCAAAUCAACCAAUCAUUCUCUCUUUCUCUAUAUAUGUCCUCGAACAAUAACACUACUUCCCCAACCCAAAACAUAAUAUCUUUUUGAAAUAUUUCUACAGUUCCAAACCUAUCGCUCAAAUAUGUGUUUCUUUGAAAACCGCUGCGAUAGAGAUUCUAUGGUGGUGAAGAUGGAUGUGGCAUGGUGGAUGGAGUCGCCUCCUCCGCAGAUAAUUUUUCCUGAGAAACCAUCUACUUGUCCGAUUCUUGAAACGAUUAUAGAAGAAAGAGAGACCGAAGAAGACGAUCAAGAACAUGAUAAAGAAGACGUUUAAUGAUCAUUUGAUCUUCCUUCUCGGGGUUUAGAUAGAUUUUUGCUGAUGUAAUUCUCUAUAAAUGUAUAAGACGAGUUUUGUAUAUUAAUUUAUAAUCAUAUCUCGUGAUAACUGUGAGAUUUUUCUGGAACUUACACGUCUUGUAGUUCGAUGAUCACUUCCUAAUACCAACGCAUACAAAAUGUUCAAUUUCGAGCUGACUUAUUCCA